AUGAAGCUAUUAGAACGAUAUUCUACGUUUUUUGUUGUUUUACUGUUUAUUAUUGGAGCAACCGUUUACAAGGAGUACUUACAAGCAAAACGAUCUCAAAAUACCAUACAUAUGUCAAAAGCGAUUGGAAGGUACGAGCACCCAUUCAAUUCCUCAAUAAAAGGGCAAAAGGAAUUCCGCGUUGAUGAAAACAUACUCGAACUUUUUAAACGAUUAUCUUAUGAACUUGAAACUGGCGCAACGGUGAAUGCCAUCUCUGAAGCAUCAUAUAUGAGACAUCUACAGCCUGUUACUGCUAUUUCAAGCAACCACUUUAUAGAACUAAUGGCUCGGAUAGAUGUCAUGGAGAAAUUUUUGCCCCAAAACAUCAAAAUCAUAGUUUACGAUUUAGGACUCAAGAGACACGAGGUUGAAGAACUACGAAACAUUCCAAAUGUAGCUUACAGAGUCUUUGACUUCUCCGUUUUUCCAACAUUUGUUUUAAAUUUACAUAACUACUCGUGGAAACCGCUAAUCAUUCAAAGAAUUCUCUCUGAAUUUGGCGGAGUUCUAUGGAUGGAUACUUCGGUAGUGUUUCAAGACAGCUACGAUAAAAUUGUCCAAUAUAUGGUCGAGAAGAAUUCCAGUUUUCUGUAUUAUUUCAAACGAGCUGGCCACACUAUUUUAUCAGGGACAGAUCCACGUAUGUUAGAGUUCUUGCCGAUGAAGGGAACCAACGAAAUGAGCAAAUAUAUGCCACAAGCCGGGGCAAUACUAAUAUACAAUACGCGACUGGUGCGUGAUAAUAUUAUGAAAUGGGUUCUCGCUUGUAGCCUUAUAGAACACUGCAUCGCUCCCUCGGGACCUGCCCGCCAUUGUGAUAACUUCCCUCCGGAUAAAUUCGGCGGCUGUCACUUGUACGAUCAAUCUUUAUUCGCAAUAACCGUCUCGAACGCUUACGACUCGCUCGAGGAAAAAUACACUUUGUCGGAAGAAAUGUCGGGGUUUGCUUAUCCCUGGAGAGUAAGGAACGACAAUAUAUUGUUAAGCAAAGAGUUUGUAAUAGUAUACAUCGUUUGGGCAAUAAUAGUCAUCCUCAUAAGGUCAAUUAUAUGGAAACUAAAAUGCUUUGUUUAA